AUGGACUGCGCAGCAAGCGUGGACCCAGACGUCGCAUCGCUGACCGGCGACAGUUUGAAGAACCUGCUGGACCUGAACAACAGCAUAUCAGUAAUCACUGCGCAGGGAGAUCUAGCAGAAUUUGCCGAUGAGGACGGAGCAAAGAAGCUCAUCACUGUCCUGGAGCAGUCAGGGUUCAGCAAGUCGGACUUCCGAGAGCUACCGCGAACGUACGACGCAUUUUAUCAGGAGAUGCAACUUCAGACGCGCGGUGGCCCAAGGGACACUAAUCUUGGCAUGUGCGUGAUCGGAAUGUUCGUUGGGAUUAGCGGCUGGCAGCAGACGGACAACAGCAGCACGAUCACCAUCCAGUAUGCGGACCCUCGGGGUACGACCGCAAAUCCUGUGGUUGGCCCAGGCCUCCCACGUUCAGCAUCGCCACGUGCUGGAUUCGCGAGCGAGCUCGAGACAAGCGUGGAAAUCUACAUGACCACCGAGAUCGAGAUACCACAAGUCGAGGAGAUCAUGUUCGGCGAGAGUGGAAGACGAACCUCUAUAUGCGUCGAGGACCUGGGCGUGUACGACAAGGAGCUGAUAAGGAUCGACGAGCCGGCCGCGACCGAGGAGGUCGUGCUGGCGAACAUCACGUACCACAGCGACCACGAGAGCAUGAGCAUCUUCAGGAAGCCGACGCUCCAGCGCAUCGAGAAGCUGAUGAAGGACUACGCCGUACGCGGAGUGGCCGGUGCAGCCACGCACGAGCUCGCCUACAGGACGGACCCCACUAAAUGCGGGCUGGGCAGGGCCAUCGACGAGAGCGAGGCGGCACCUGUGAGGCAGCGCAAGGUGACGAGGGAGUUCUGUGUGCGCAGCGACCUCAUCGACAUCCAGAUCGCGGAGGCCGAGGGCAGCGUCAAGCACAUCGUAAGCGCCACCGGGCGGAUCACGGCCACCCACGACGAUCAGGGACAGCCAGCAGACGUCGCAGACGUGUGGAAGGGAUGCAGCUGCUUCAGCAAGCCCCCAGAGGCGGUGAGGCGACUCAAGACCUUCGGAGUGACGGCGGAGGUGCUAGAUGUAGUUGACAAGCUGGAGGUGCUCGACGUGUCGGGAACUCGGCAGACCUACGACGGCACGCUGAUGGUCAUGGUCAUCAUCGUCGACGACUCGAGCUUCAUUGUCAUCGUUCCGACGAGCGCGGUGCGAUCCGUCUCCGGCGUGGAGGCACUGACGUGCUUCACGCAGGGCUGGGUGGAGAGAACCAUCGACUUCUUGAAGGAUCACUGUCAGAAGGUGAACCGCGAGAUCCAGAUCACCAAGAAGAACGACCCAACAAUAUGGAAGGCCACGUUGGCCAAUACCUGCAACAACCAGAUCAAGCGGAAAUCCUUCAUACCCUACCAUUACGUGAUCGGACGGACACGUCAUCAGUCUUACUGCGGAGUGCCAAUACUGGUCACACCAGAGCAGUUCAGGCACGCUAGCAGGGCCGAGUCGGGUAUGAUCGAGAGCCAGAAUCUCGUGAAGCAGCUAGCACGACGCGAUCGGAAACGACUCUUCAUGGAGGACAUCGACCUGGACCGACAGCGCAUGAACCAGCGCAAGGAGCUGAAGGGUACGAGGUAUGAAUCACAACACGCCCCCGUGGAUGACGCGAACAACGACGACGAAGACCUCGCCGUCUACAUCAGGAACCAGACCCACGAUGCGUCCCUUGCGAGGAGAACCGAGAAGGCCAGGAGCAAGCAACCGUUGGCCAAGAAGGGCAAGGAGUUACGACACCUUCAUGCCGAGUGGAAGUCGACGUUCAAUGCAUCCGACGAGGCCGAAUGGGAGAAGUGGAUCAAGUACGACACGGUGGGGUUCCCAACAAACGAAUGUCUCAAGGCGAUCGACCCAUCCGAAGUGCUGCCCAAGCGCAAGCUCCACACGGACAAGAACGAGGCUACGAAUGGCAGCAUAUCAUACGACUACCACCCACUACAGGCCAAGACAAGGAACACCGUACCAGGCUACAAGGACAAGCAGCUCCUAACAGGCGAGUUGAAGACGAAUGCGCCAACACGGACGGACGCAGCGACGGCCAUCAUCUUGCAGGAGACGGCGAGCAACCCAGACUGGACGCUCGAACAACGAGACGCCGGCUUAGCCUUCCUGAACGGCCGUCGCCUGGACGAGACCAGCCGCAUCUCUUGCACCCAGAAGGAACACGCGGAGAUCAUCGAGCGCAUACCGUUGGGCGCGACGCGACGUAAGCAGAAGGAAAGCAAGAUCACAGCAGACGAGCGUCAAGCGAUGCAUCGAGUCGACGGGCAAGUGCAGUGGCUAGUCAGACCGACGAAGAUGGACCUCGCAUUCAAUCUGGCCGGGUUCAACAUCCUGACCGCCGACCACGAGAACGACAAAUUCGACCGAGGCGAACCGGCGAAGGCAGUGGCCGAGACGAGGCACCAGCCGAAGGGCGAGCGCGGCGAGCACUACAGGGCCAAGUACCCCAAGCGAGUCGGACCGGCGCGGCAGCAGUACGUCACGGAUGGCUACACGUACUACAACCGAGGCGUUGGAAGGCGGCGGACGACACCUGCUAAGUUCUGCACCAUCGAAGACAUGGUCGACCGGCACCGUCUCGGAGCUGCCCAUCGACGGCGGCAGCUGCCCGAGCUGCUCGAGAAGCCGACCACGGUCUUCGCUCCCGCGGAGGAGGGACUCAUCGAGUGGCGCGACGACGUCAUGCAGGGGCAAACCCUCGCUGGUGGCAGCGGCAAGCGACUGGACACGGACGGCCCCAGCUCCGUGGCGCUGCAGGCGGAGCGCGCAGCGAAGAGCAAGACCACGGACGUCAAGCAACACGUCUACGACAAGGAGACGGUCAAGCCUACGGAGAAUCACCCGAUCCUGGACCAGGAUACAUGUGAGCAUGGACCGGAGUGGCUCACGACUCAGGGCAGCAACCAGUGCAAGAGUAAAGUGCAGGGCGCGUCUCCAAGUGUUGAAAGACCAGGACACACCCGAGUGGGCUAA